CAUGAAACCCUCCCCCCACAGCCUUCUCCUCGCCGCCCUCCUCUCCUCCGCAUCUCACGUCGCCGCCGUCCAUCUUUCUCUCCGCGGCCAGCUCGAGUCUGCGCCCGCUCCCGCACUCGCACGGAGGGGACACAUCUCCGGCCUGAAUAACGGUCAGAAUGUCAACUACUACACGAACAUCACCCUCGGCGGUCAGGACUUUUCCGUCCUCGUCGACACAGGCAGCUCCGAUCUGUACGUCGCAGGGAGCGUGCCAAAUGCAAAGGACACGGGCACGUCCACAGCGGUCGUAUAUGCGAUCGGGUCUGCACAAGGUCCAAUCAAGACCUCCAAGCUUGAUUUUGCAGGAUACACCGUGAACGACCAGGCAUUCCUCGAACUCACCGCCGACGCGGACCACAAAUCCGGGGAGGGUCUAAUCGGCCUCGGUCCCAAUACAGGAUCCGAAAUAUGGACAAAGCUUGGUCAAAAAACGGCUGGCGCCGCCGUCGUCGACCGCAUUUUCCUGCAAAAUAUGACCACCUCUAAUUUCCUCACAGUCCUUCUCGGGCGCUCCGACGACCCGGACGACCGCUUCCCCGGCGACCUCACCUUGGGCGAGCUUGUGUCUGGUUACGAAGCGGUGCUGAAUCAGCCCAAGCUGAACGUAACGGAGGUGGGGAAGAAGGACUCCCAGAAGGGGUUGCAACAUUGGCAGGUUCUUUUGGACGCGCAGGGUGUGGUGGGCCCAGAUGGGCAGGUGAUCCCGUUGACGACGGGCGUGGCUGGGACGAAGAACAAGAAGAAACUGACCGCCAUCUUCGAUACUGGGUUUACGCUGCCGCAGGUGCCCAAAGCGAUGGCAGACGCGAUCUACUCCCGUUUUGACGGCGCGACGUACACGAACGUGACGGGCGUCGGGGCUGUGUACACUCUGCCCUGCGAGAUCGAAGUGAACGUAACGAUCAAAAUCGCCGGUCGCGCGUACCCGGUGCACCCCCUCGACACGAACCUCGAUUUGAACCUGAAUCUGAAGAAGACGGCGGGGAAGAAGACUUGCAUCGGGUCGUUCCAGCCGAUUACAACAGGCGCGUCGCCAACUUAUGAUAUGAUCCUUGGCAUGGCAUUCCUCCGCAACGCCUACCUUCUCGUUAACUAUGGCGAUUUCCUGGAGGGUUCGAACUCCACAACGGCGGAUCCGUACAUCCAGCUCCUCAGCCUCACCAACGACACCGCCGAAGCGCACCAGGACUUCGUCCAAGUCCGCCUCGACGGUGACGACCGCACGGGCUCGCAGCGCCUCUCCGCGUCCAACUCGUCCUCGAUUUCGUCCCCGUCCUCUUCCGACGACGACGACGGGAGCGAGAGUUUCUUCGACAAGCACAAGACCGCGGUGAUCAUCGGGGCUGCGGUCGCGGGGGGCUUGGUCCUGCUGGGCGCGCUGGCCGGAGUGGCGCUGUGCCUUGGGAGGAAGAGGCAGGCGCGGAUGAGCGCCGGCAAGCCGUUGGUGUAUCGGCCGCUGCACGAGCCGGCGCCGGCGGGGGAGAUGGACCAGGUGCAGGGUUACCAGGCGGGCACGCGGUAUCACAAUCCGUGGGAGCAGCGCCCGGCGCAGGGGAGAUGAAAUCUGAGCUGCGUGCUCGCCUGCGUCGGGAUGGUGCCCCGUGUCCUGCAUCGCCAUUGUUGUUGUCGUGCUGUCGCUCUCGUUCAUGCUGCUGUCUGUUCAGCAUACACGCCUGUCAUCCCGUCUCUCUCACUCAGCCACUUUAUUUAUCGCAUCGACUGCUUCGUUUGAGUCGCCCGCACGGACAAGUACAUCCAUCUACCCUCCUUCUGUCUUUGUUUUCCACUUGCAUUUCCUCCACCGGGCGACACUCUUCCCACCUCUUUUGCGUUUAGCAUACUAGCAUACUAGCACGGUCCUGACAGGGGCGAUGAGUAGUACGGACGGAGCGGACACGCGUCCAUAUAUAUCUAUAUACCUGGCUCUUAGGCAUGUUGUUUUUUGCUUUUUGAGGGUGUAAUGAAACAUGAUAUAGCCUUGAAUACGUU